AUGGAGGCCCUUAGAAUGCCAGACCUUAUCACUUUGAUGAAGAAUGUCGCUAACGUAACUACCAAGGAAGCAAAGGCCGAAAAGCAUUACUCAGGUGUUACACUGAACUCUGAGUGGUCCAGAGGUGGAAGACUUCUUUUCAUUCUGGGAUGUGCUGGCUUUGGAACUUUCAUGAAUAUAUUCUUUGUAGCUGCUUUUUUUGUGUCGGAGGCUCUGUGGAAACGAGAAAAUAUAUUUUUAGCCUUCGUGGGAUUAUCUGAAUUGAUAGUACCAGCAGUCGUCCUGCCGAUAGUAAGCCUCGUGUUGGUAUCCGGUGAAUGGGACAACAUAUAUGUCUGUAAGGCUAUACAGACACUCUGCGUGUGGUCAACGUACAGCUCAUAUGUGCUUUUUAUGUUCGCGAGUCUGGAAAACUUUAUGAAAGUUUUUUUCCCAAAAUCAUCUUACGAUGCCUUCUGUCAACGCAAAAUAGUCAUUCCUAUAACCUUGGGAGUAAUCGUCGGAAGUUUAGUAUUAGCAGUACUUGGUACUGUAUAUGAACUGGAUUAUGAUUAUUGUGAACACUCGUAUUCAGGAAACUCCGUUUCAGUCCAAAAACUUAAAGACAUCUUCCAACGUAGCGGUGAACAGCCUUGGCGAUAUGACAUCGCCUUGUCUGACUCCCCGCUGCAGUCGGAAAGGCUUCGAGAUCUGACCCUGGAGAGGGACUGA